CGACGCACACAGUUACUUCCGGGUAUUCAGCGAAUCACCGGCGGCGACAGCUAAACAACAGCUAAACAACAGCUAAUAAAGAUAAUAAAGAUAAUAUUUUUGUUUUAAAUCACUUGUUAGCAUGGCUGCUAGCGGGGAGACAGCUAGCAUGCCUUCAGGAGGAGUCCACCGCCUGAACCAGGAGCAGGAGGAGGAGGAGGAGGAGGAGGAGGUGAAGCUAGCGUUAGCUCACAUGACGAUGGAAGACCUGCUGCAGAAGGUGAAGGCUGUACAAACGGACAACACGACAGCAGAGUCGGGCAUCAACACGGAUCCAGACUGGGAGAGUCAGGUGGCGGCCAUGUUGGAAUACGGCUCCGGCCUCACAGAGCGGUACGACGGUCUGAUGAAGAAGCAGGACGAGGAGGAGCUCGCUCACGAGAAACAUAAAGAGCAAGUGCAGAAGAAGAAGGAGGACACCAACCGGCAGCACCAGGCUCUUCUGGACAAACUGGAGUCUCUGCGAGUUAAACUGCAGCUGAACAACUCUAAAGCAACAAGGAAGAACUUCUUAGCCAAGAAACAGGAAAUGACCUCAGAGAAGAGCCGAGCCGAGGAGGAGAGGAACAGGUUGGCCAAGGAGCUGGAGGAGAGCGACCGGAAACUCACGGCUCUCACUGAGGAGCAGAGCGAGGAGCAGCGGAGGUGGCAGGAGGAGCUGGAGGAGCUGAGGCGGGAGAUGGAGCGAGCGGGCAAGGAGGCUCGGGAGGCGGAGCUUCAGGCCUUAAGGGACGAGAUCGCCGCCGUGGAGAAACAGAGAGACGUCGCCAUGACUCGAAUCGAGGCCUGGAUCAGAGAGAUGGGUCAGUACCUGAACACUCUCAGGGCGGAGAACCAGGAGGAGUUCUUUUACGAGCGGAAGAAGUGGGAGAAGAAGGAAGGCAUGGUCCGGAGGAUCCAGGCCGACCUCCAGAGCCGCUUCCAGGAGGUCCUGCAGCAGCUCCAUCAGGGUCGGGAGUUAGAGUCCCUCCCCAGGAUCAACGUCCCGUCUCUGCCGCACAUCCCCAUGGCCGACCUGCGGUGCAUUCAGGUGCUGCAGCCACUCAGCCGUCAGCAGUUCAUGGCCCCUCCCCCUCCGAUCCCAGUGCACCGACCCCUCCCUCCCCAGAGAUACCCAGACCAGUACCAGCCCCCGUACCACCCCCAGUACCGCCUCCGCUACCAGCACCCACCGCCCCUUCACCAGUUCCCUCCCCACAUGAGGGUGACUCCGCCUCCCAGUCUCUCCCCGUCGCCUCCCAGUCAGCCUCCACCCUGCAGCUCCGUCCCCGCCUCCCCCGCCGGCUCCGCCCCCGCCGACAAACUCGACAAGAUCCUGGAGAGGCUACGAGCUCGUUUCCCACAAUGCAACAGGGCCCAGCUGAUGUCGCUGCUGCAGCAGGUGAAGAGCUCCCGCGGCACGCUGGCCGGCAUGUCGAUGGAGGAUGUGAUCGAGCAGGUGGGCUUCAAGCUGGCUCAGAGCGAGAGGUCGGCGCCGGGGCCCAUCAGUAGGCCCGCGCCGCCGGGCCCCAUCCAGAGGCCGACGCCCCCCCCGCACCGUAAACUCUGCCUGAUGUGCCAGAACCACGUGGACCCGGAGAGCCGCCACCCGCUGGGCUGCUCCCACACCAUCCACAAGGACUGCAUCCGGGUCUGGCUGCAGUCCAGCAGGAACAACUCCUGCCCGUUCUGCCCCGCGCAGUGAGCCGGGGCAUCGAACACCGGACUCCAAUCAGUGCCCAUCCAAAGAUGUUUACAAAAUACAACCUACAAUACGGAUCAAUACAUACGAUUGAUCAUGUGACAGCGUAAACACGUAAACAAUAACCUGAGUCAAACUUCAAUAUCUGUUUGUUUAACAUAAAAUCUAUUUUCUCAAAGCAUCAGUGUCUGUUGUUGGUUGUUGUCUCAUCAGAUGCAGCCAAACAAGAAGUUUACCAAAAUAACAUUUUAUUACCGCAGCCUGUAACAAAAAAGUUGUGAUUUUGAUGAAAGAAAUGAAUAAAAACAUGAUGU